GACAAGUCGCUCGUGGACAUGGCUACGUAGUUGUCAAUGCGCACCACCCAUAGACAUAGCGCUGUCUUACAGGGCGGAAAAGCUAUUAGUUUUUCACAGAGAGUGGGUUUUUCAUAUGGCUUUUGGCCGCUCUCAUUCUUCUCUCUGCUGUUCGUUAGAUAGAAGUGGGAGCAGCAGAGUGACGAGGAGUGCGGAGAGUGCAUCGUGUGCACGUGUACUUUUGUGCGUCUGGGAGAAGUCAUCACAAAUCUCUGCGUCUCGAAAAGGUUAGAAAUUUCAUUUAGCGACGACGAUGCUGGCACAUCGGUUUCUGGGUGGUAGAAAGCAGCUGUGGCACGCCGCGUGCAACUGCGCGCCGGUUCGGUACGUGCAGAACGCGAGCGAGCCAAGCCAGGCGUUGGAUACAAUCAACAUCGAGAUGAGGAUGCCGGCGCCAAUCGCGCAACUACCGCAACGACAGCCGUUUGCCAAGAACCUGUUUCUCGGAAUAUUGGACAAUGAGUUCAUGUACUUCUCCGAGCCGCAGUCUAAGGAGAGGCACACGCAGUUCUUCGAGUGGCUGCAGCCUAUCGAGAAAUACAUGGCCGAGUGUAUGGAGGAUCCGCAGAGCGUACGUAGGAACGAUGUUCUGUCCCAUCUGCGAGAUCUGGGCGUCUUCCGGGCGAACGUGAGCGAAAAGCACCUGGGUUUGAGUCUCAAUCAAACGGAACUGACCAAGCUGGUUGAGGUGCUCAGUUGUCUACCCUGGUUGGGUUCUUACAUGGUGAAGAAUCACAUCGCGCCCAUUCACAUUAUCAACCUGCUUGCCACAGAGGAGCAGAAGGCCAAGUACAUGCCAAGAAUAAUCACCGGAGAACUGGUGCCCGUUCUGUGUUACACAGAGUCCGAGAGCGGACUAAAUCUGCACACAAACAUGACGUCGGUUUUGGACUCAGAUUGCAACACGUUCUACGUGAUAAACGGCGAGAAGUCCUAUGUGUCCAACGGACAGGACGCUAAUCUGUACGUUGUCUUCGCCACCUACGGCAAUCCGAACUCGAUCAGCAGUCAUCAUAAUCCGUUGUCUGUGUUUCUGGUGGAGCGCGACUCCGGAAUCGUCUGCAAGGAUGUGAAGAAUUUAGUAGGACUCAGAGGUAAUCCUGUGUGCACGGUUACUUUCAAAGACGUCAAAAUUCCCAAGGAAAAUUUACUGGGCAAGAUAAGAGCCGGGACGGAUGUGUUGGUGAACUUUCUCUCUCCUGGAAGCAGGAACAUCGCCCCGCAGGCAGUUGGUUUGUUAAGAACUUUCAUGAGGAUACUUACGAGGAAUAUAUUGCAGAGGAAGCAUCUGGAUAAAAAUUGUCACGAGUUCGAGGGUGUUCAAGAAAUAAUAGGCAAAAUUGCAAUUGCGUUGUACGCUAUGGAGAGUACUUUGUACUUCACUACCGGCAUGAUGGACUUAUACGAGAAUCAAGAUUGCUCACUCGAGAAAGCCAUGACGGAGGUCUUUUGCGCGACCGAGUGCGUCGCGCGCGUCUACGAUGGGUUACAGAUCAUCGGAGCGCAGAGCUACUUGAGGGAAAAUCCUUACAUACAGAUUCUCGAGGAUGCGUUGUCGUAUACGCUGUUCGACGGUUGCAACAUGGACUCGAACACGUACAUAGCUCUGCUCGGUCUCCAGCACACGGGCAAACACAUGCGUGAUCACAUAUUCAAGUUACGAAAUCCUUACACCUUUCCUCUGUACACGUUGUUCGCCGGCACUCGGGAGCCACGAUUGAGGCUCCGUAUAAUGGAUCAUUUGCAUCCGUCUUUGAUAAGCGGCGCCGAAAUUGCGGAAAAAUGUCUCGCCAGGCUGCAGACCGCUUCGGUGGUAAUGUUGCAGCGCCACGCCGUCCAAGCGCCCGAACGGCAAAUGGAGCUGCGCAGACUGAGCAAAAUCGCAACGAGAACGUUCGCGUUGUUAGCCGUCCUCUCGCGCUGUUCCAGGUCGUACUGCAUCGGUCUGAGAAACAACGAGAGCGACAGGUUCGUAGCAGGCGGUUUCUCGCUCCAAACACUGGACCUGGUGCGAAAUCUGUCGGACGAACUCGACAAGGAGGAUCUGAACAACGGCGACGAACUCAACAGAAACAUCGCCGAGGUCAUGUUCAACAAAAAGGACUAUUUCGCCGAACAUCCGUUGAGCAGAACUUACUGAAUUUUUUCGAACGCAAGUGCUCGUACUGCCAAAGACAGUUUACUGCGAGAAGCGUGUGUUUGAAUCGUUCCUGAAGCGAUCUGAAUACAUUGUUCUGAACCCAAUAGAUGUGAAAAGAUAUUAUGUUAUCUGUAAAUUAUUAUCGAACUACAUUUUAUCUCGUAGCUUUAAAACACCGAUAAGAAUGUGUGCGUAAAGCUAAACAUAUAAGUCGUUCCGCAGGGAAAGCAAAGGAAUAUACGAUGAAGUUUCCACGGAGAAGUAUCUGUAUUUAUGUACGCCACAGAGUAGCAAUUGUACAGUUGUACCUUAGAGACUAGAGAUCGAGUUCUGAAAAGUAAAAUAAAUGCUUUUAAUCACUCUUC